GCGCAGCACUAACACACACACUAAUGGAUUCUGGACCUUCGCUCUCCCUAUCACUCUUUGUGAGGCUGUUCAUGAUUUCUGCCACAGCAUCAGCAGUCAACCUUGAAGGGGAACUUUUCAAGGAUUUAAUGAAGGGCUACAACAAGAACAUCCGGCCCAUGGAGAACAGUGGGGACAUCACUCAGGUCGACAUCAAGAUGACGCUCACCAACCUCAUCUCUCUGAAUGAAAAGGAGGAGGCCUUGACAACAAGUGUCUGGAUAGAAAUGCAAUGGUGUGACUACAGGCUCAGAUGGGACCAACCGCCCAGGUCAGCCCUGUAUGGGAACAUCACCUCUGAGCUGCGGAUCCCCUCCAAGAGCAUCUGGCUGCCAGAAGUCAUACUGGAGAACAAUGUGGAUGGACAAUUCGAGGUGGCACUUUACUGCAACGCACUGGUGUCUCCUAACGGCUGCGUGUACUGGCUGCCUCCUGCCAUCUACCGCAGUGCUUGUGCCAUCACCGUCAACUACUUUCCCUUUGACUGGCAGAACUGUACCAUGGUCUUCCGCUCCCAGACUUACAGUGCCAACGAGAUCAAACUGGUUCUCAAAGAGGAGGAUAACCACACAAUGGAGUGGGUGGAUAUUGACCCGGAGGCUUUUACAGAAAAUGGAGAGUGGGCCAUUAAACACAGGCCGGCUAAGACACUGAUCAACACUCAGUACACUAAGGAUGAGCUGGAGUACCAGGAGGUGGUCUUCUUCCUCAUCAUCCAGAGAAAGCCCCUCUUCUACGUCAUCAACAUCAUCGCUCCCUGCGUGCUCUUCUCCUCCCUCGGCCUCCUGGUCUACUUCUUACCUGCCAAAGCGGGUGGUCAGAAGUGCACCAUGUCUGUUGCCACUCUUCUGGGCCAGACUGUGUUCCUCUUCCUUAUCGCGAAGAAGGUUCCAGAGACUUCCAGGGCAGUGCCACUUAUUGAAAAGUAUUUGAUGUUUGUGAUGUCAGUGACCACCAUGGUGGUGAUGAACUGUGUGAUAGUCCUCAACGUUUCCCUGAGAACCCCCAACACUCACAUAAUGACAGACAAAGUCCGAAAGAUCCUGCUAAACAUCCUGCCUCGACUGCUGAGGAUGCAGAUGCUACCCUGGACACCAAACUGUGACAAUGCUUCAGAAACUGGAAACAGUGAAGCUCUGGCUCCAGACGGCGUGCUCCUAGUCCCCUGCCGACGCCGCAGCUCCAUGAACCUCAUCACCAAGGCAGAGGAAUAUGUUAUGAAAACAGCUCGGUCUGAACUCAUGUUUGCCAGACUCAAAGAAAGAAACGGCCUCAUGAAAUCAGUAUUAGAGAAGCUACAUGAUGGGCUGGAGGGGGGUACAGCUGAGCAGCUCAGUGCCAGCCUGGCAAAGGCUUCUCCACAGCUGAAGCAGUGCGUGUCCUCCUGCAAACACAUAGCUGAGACUGCAAGACAACACAACAACUUCCAGAAUGAGAAUGAAGAGUGGUUCCUGGUCGCCCGGGUGAUCGACAGGGUCUGCUUUAUUGUCAUGGUGUCGGUGUUUUUUAUCGGCACGAUUGGGAUCUUCCUGAUGGGCCACUUCAACCAGCCUCCCUCCUCGCCUUUCCCCGGGGAUCCCAAGAAGUAUCUCCCUUCAAUAAACAACCUCACUGAGCUAACUGAGAGUGGGAUAGGAGCAAACCUUCUGGGGUGAACCGGGGGAAUGUCUCCAGACUUUAUCCCUUUAAUCGAAAGUGGGAAUCUGACGGUGUCCGUCUGUGAUCUUUCACUAAUGACUGGGACACACAGAGAGAAUCGAGAAGAUUUGGGGUCUGUCAGACUAUCACGAGUCAAACAUGCUUGUUCGUGGUGAUAAAGGAUCCAGCGCACAGUUGUGUGGUUGCCACGCUUGUUCCGUGGUGACGCAUACUGGUAUCAGCUGUGACCGAUUGUUGAGGCUGAGAAUAUGUUUAGCAUAAAAUGCUGUGUAAGAUAAAAAAGAGCAUGUUCCUUUUCUCUUCCCGUUGCCAGCUCAGUGUUUGAUGUACGUUUUCAUUUUCACCUGCUGUUGAUCAAAUCCAAGGCCAUCAUGAUAAACUACAUGAGACAUGUGUUGAUCUCACACGUGAAGAGUGAACAACAGCCAAAUGAAUG